GGAACAUAUCGGGCUAUUCUCUUUAGUGUUUGCCCUGUCUACCUCUCCUUCAUAUUUUCACACUAAACCAGUCCAGAAACCUUUCUAAAAUAGGGAAAAAUACCCGAGCAGACACUACGCUUUCACGUCGCACCUCAUGGAGUAAAUCACAACCGGGGCGAAAUACACCGAGGCGAGGUUGAGUAUUGCAGUCGUCCUUAAUUCCGCAAACCCAAGCGGUCGCUUUUUGUUUCCCUUUCACACAUACACAACUCUUCUUAUAACUAUAUUUUCCCACCUGACUGCAAAGCUACCAGAUCACUCAAUCAACCCAUCUUCCUCUCAGCCAAUCAGAAUGUCACAGCUUCAGUUCCAGAUGCCUGGCAACUCUGCACCCAAUAUUGUCCCUUUACAGUUGGCCACGCCCCAACCCAGGUUCAGUAUUCCUUGUGCCUCCGCUUCCUUACCCUCAGAGAGUGCCAGUCACCCGCUACGAAGCUCCGCCCUACCUUCUGCCUCUGCCACGCCCUUCUGCAACCCUACAGAAUCUAACAUGGCAAACCCUAAAGAGAAGACCCCGAUGUGUUUGGUGAAUGAGUUAGCCCGUUAUAAUAAGAUCCAACCUGAAUACAAGCUACUUAGUGAACAAGGACCAGCCCACUCCAAGAUUUUCUCAGUGCGCUUAACUCUGGGGGAGCAACACUGGGAUGCAGAGGGGACCAGUAUUAAAAAAGCCCAACACACGGCAGCAUCGUGUGCUCUCAUCCAAACAACUCUGCCCAAACCCAGUCACAGAAGCCCCCGCCACCCUGGGAAGAACCCAGGUGGGAUCUACAAUGGCUCAGAGUAUAGCAUAACCCACACUGUGGAGCUUAAUGCACUUUGUAUGAAGUUGGGCAAGAAGCCCAUCUAUAAACCUAUAAAUGCCCACCAGGGGAUGAGACCGGCAUUCAACUACAACAUCAGAGCACCAGGCCCUUAUACACGUUCCAUGCAUCAUUAUUACUACCCAUUUCCCCCAGUGGGGCCUGUACUGUAUAAUAUGGAACUUUCUAUCGGCGGACAACAGUUCCAUGGCAAGGGCCGCACGCGUCAAGCAGCCAAACACGCCGCUGCCGCUAAAGCUAUCAAAUAUCUACAGGAAGAGCCAAUACUGCAGCAACUGGCCAAGGUGAAAGAAGAGCCAGUCGAAGAAAAUCUCAACAAAUCAGAGAUCAGCCAAGUUUUCGAGAUUUCACUGAAGCGCAGCAUGCCUGUGAAUUUCGAGGUGCAAAAAGAGGCGGGGCCUCCUCACAUGAAGAGCUUUGUGGUGAGAGUAACUGUGGGUGAGUUUUUAGGGGAGGGUGAGGGCAAAAGUAAGAAGAUCGCCAAGAAGCUAGCUGCCAUCGCUGUGCUGGAGGAGCUUCGGAAACUACCACAACUACCUGUAGCUGACAAGAUGCCGUUACGCAUUAAAAAGAAAAGCAAGUCCAUUAUUAAGCUACAGACCAGUCCAGAGUAUGGGCAGGGCAUGAACCCCAUCAGCAGACUGGCUCAGAUCCAGCAGGCGAAGAAGGAGAAAGAGCCAGAGUACACUUUAGUGACAGAGAGAGGACUGCCAAGACGCAGAGAGUUUGUCAUGCAGGUGUCUGUUGUGGGGCAAAGCGCUGAGGGAAUGGGCCCUAGUAAAAAAGUGGCCAAGCGAAAUGCAGCCGAGAAGAUGUUGGAGAUUCUGGGCUUUAAAGUGCCUCAGCCACAACCACCUAAACCGGCGUUGAAAACUGAUGAGAAGCCACCUGCUAAAAAACUUGGAGAUGGACGAAAAGUAACCUUUUUUGAGCCAGGCUCUGUGGAGAAAGCUGUUCUUGUCAAUAAGGAGGAAGACUUCCGACUCCCCUACCCCAGCCAUCAACAGCUCCCUGCUGGCAUUUUACCCAUGGUGCCUGAGGUGGCACAGGCAGUGGGUGCCAACCAGGGACCUCAUGCCAAAGACUUCAGUCGCCUAGCUGCCCCCAACCCGGCUAAGGCCACUGUCACAGCCAUUAUUGCCAAUGAGCUGCUGUACGCUGGUACAUCCCCAACCGCAGAGGGUAUACUGAAGAGCAACAACAGCCUGGCACACAGACCCAACGGAACCCUUACCAGACCGUCCGACCAGCUCAGCUACCUGGCUACUGUACAGGGCUUACAGGUUGAAUAUAAAGACUUUCCUAAAAACAACAAGAAUGAAUUUGUGUCUCUGAUAAACUGCUCCUCUCAGCCUCCCCUCAUCAGCCAUGGCAUCGGCAAAGACGUGGUAUCCUGCCAUGAUAUGGCUGCUCUGAACAUCCUUAAGCUCCUGUCAGAACUUGACCAACAGUCCAGUGAGCGUACAGCUAAUGGACCCAUGUUGAGGUGCAGCAAACAAGACCUAGAUGGCGACGCAUUACUAAAACCGGCUAACUCAAGCACCAUCGGGAUUGCUCUGGACAGCACAGCAUAGAAUUUCCUAUUUAAUUGAUAAUUUUAUCUACAACACACUAGAGACAAUUCUGAAGCAGAGUGUAAUUGGCUGCUCACGUAGGCCUUAGAGAUACAGUAUUCUAAACUAUUCUAAACUCAGUUAAACAAGGUUGAGAGAUUUGACUCACUCCUUGAAAGUUGUUGAAUUCUGCACAUGCAGUAAUCGAUUUAUUUUAAUCACGAAGGCUUUGAAAAAGUUGUCUCAUCAUAUCCAGUGAAAUGGUGGUUUUGUUUUUAUUUUUGAAUCGUAAAACGAUACUCGUGACAUUCAAAUUGAGUAGAGACUUUUUUGUUGUUGUUCCAAGUGGAGGAAGUCAUGUUUUCAUUGUCAUGAUUUGUUCUUUUAUUUUCUUGCUCAAUUUUUUUUAUUUUUUAUGUUGUAUUAUAGAAACCCAGUGAAUUGGUUGUUGUGGUAGUGCUGUUGUGAAGCGCAGUUCUUUAAACCCCAUUGAAGGAUAUGAUGAAGUUUUCAAACAUGCCUCUGCAUUGGGGGUUUUUCUCCAGUAAUUUGAAGUUACAAUGACAACGUAACGUGAAACAAAACAUUAAAAUUCAUCUACAUAUUCAUGUAGGCUUGGGAAUAUGUU